UUUCACUCCCAAGCAUAGAGUUCGGCUUUGGUUCCUAUGCUGUUCGAUAGUUUCAGUACGGUGAUUUACAUCAAAAACGAUAGUCAGAAUCUGACGAAAGCACAUUAGUGCAUACUAGUUAGCAACAUAGAGAAAGAAAAUACCAUGAAGCAAUCCAAGGAUCCUUUUGAAGUAGCAGCCGAUGAACAAGAGGAAUCACCGCCUGAUUCUCCCGUUGGUCAUGAUGAGACCGAAACUCAACCUCCAUCUGCACAACCCACUGUUAGUUCCCAGGGAGCUGACGUGGACACCAACAGUAUUCGUCCUUCAAACCCACAAAAAGCAACAAUUGCAUCAGCCUCCACUUCAGCAGCCGCUGCCAAAACCGUUAAGAACAAAGAAGAUUAUGACGAGGAAGAAGAGGAGAACAUGGAUGUUGAACUUGGAAAAGUCCCGUCUUCUAGCGAUCCAGACAAAAUGGCCAAGAUGCAGUCUAUAUUAUCCCAAUUUACCGAGGGACAAAUGAGUAGAUAUGAGUCUUUCCGAAGAUCUGGAUUUCAGAAAUCUGUCAUGAAAAGGUUAUUAGGCAGCAUCACUGGAAGCAACAAAAUUUCUAUGCCCAUGACUAUUGUGGUAUCUGGAAUCGCAAAGAUUUUUGUUGGUGAACUCGUUGAAACAGCGAAGGUAGUGAUUAUAGAGAGAAAGGAAACUGGGCCGAUCAGGCCAUGCCACAUUCGAGAAGCAUACAGAAGGCUUAAACUAGAAGGCAAGAUACCGAAAAGAUCAGUUCAGAGGCUCUUUCGGUAAACGUAUCUUCAUCCCUCUUCUAUAAACCAAUUCCAGUUGUUGAGGUUGGUUUUCUUGAUGAAUUCUUUCCAUGUUUGCCGUAUUGAAAGAAACCUGUGUUUGAUGCUUUAGGAUGUACAGCUUAUCCUAGAACAGGUUCAUAGUGAUGAAUCAUAUCAUAAUGGGUGUUAGAAAUAGAAUUGGUGUAGUAAUAUCCAUAUGUCAAGAUUACAUCAUGGUUUUGUUGUAAAAUUAUUGAAAUUAAUGUGGUUUGUUGUAAAAUCACCAUAGUAACUUGUAUGUGUGAUUAUAUA